ACUACACAAGGAAUACUCCCCUGAUUAUAAACAAUAAUUAGAUGUGCAAUUUUUAGAGCGAGCCGGAUUAUUUGAAUAAAUACCACUUCGCCAAAAACCGGCAAUGUUCGCACAUUGAACUUCUCCCAAAAUCUAGAAACUUCACAUGUGAAAUUUGAAAAUUUUGCUCAUAAUUUGAGCUAUAUCUCACAAAGGAAAUCAAGUUGAAGGUAAAUUUUCACAAUGGACCAGGCCCAGUUGACAUUGUUGAAAGGAUUCACUGAGCUAUGCAAGAAGAACCCUUCAAUCUUACAUCUCCCACAGUUGGCCUUCUUCAAAGAAUGGAUAGAAAGCCUUGGUGCAGAGGUGCCAGCCCCAAACACAUCAUUUGAUGCUCCACCUCCAACAGAAGAGCAACCAAAACCAGCUCCUGCCCCAAAACGAGAGCCUACCCCAGAACCUGAGAGUGAGGAAAGUGACAUUGACAUAGACAAUGAGGGAGUUAUAGAGGGAGACACUGAUGUUAACCAGGAAAUGGGCGAUGAGAACCUUGAGGUUACAGAUGAGAUGAUGGAGCAAUCUGCUGCUAAACGUGGUGAAGCUAUGGAAGCUGUCAGUGAUGGGCGACUUGAGGAUGCUAUUGGCUUAUUUACUGAAGCAAUCAAGUUGAAUCCCCACUCAGGUCUGCUUUAUGCUAAACGUGCAAGCGUGUUUAUUAGACUCCAGAAGCCUAAUGCAGCCAUCAGAGAUUGUGACAAAGCAAUCUUACUGAAUCCCGACUCAGCACCUCCUCAUAAAUGGAAGGGAAAGGCUAAUAGAUUACUUGGAAAAUGGGAAGAGGCAGCAAAGGAUCUCAGUAAAGCCUGCCAACUUGAUUAUGAUGAUGAUGCCAAUGAAAUGCUGAAGGAAAUUAUGCCAAGGGCUAAGAAGAUUCAAGAACAUAAGAGGAAACAGGAACGUCGUAGAGAGGACAAAGAAUUGAGGGAACGAAAGGAAAGGAUCAGGAAAGCCCAGGAAGAGAAUGAUAGAGCCAGGAAGGAGGCUGAUGAGAGAGAGAAAGCUGAGGCAGAGGCAGGAGGAAUGCCUGGAGGGUUCCCAGGGGGAUUCCCCGGGGGAAUGCCUGGGGGAUUCCCAGGAGGAAUGCCUGGUGGUGCCCCAGGAGGAUUCCAUGGAGGAGCAGAAGGUGCAGGUGCAGGUGGGAUGCCUGGUGGCUUAGACUUUAGCCAGUUACUUAGUGACCCAGACAUACUGCAAGCAUUCCAGGACCCCGAAGUUGCGGCAGCAUUCGCAGAUAUUAGUAAAAACCCAGCGAAUAUGGCCAAAUACAAGGACCAGCCCAAGAUCCAGGAAUUCAUGCAGAAACUGAUGGGCAAAUUUGGUGGGGGAGGUGGAGGGGGUGGCUUCCCAGGAUGCCCUGCUUUUGGUAAAGACCAAGAGGAACCCCAGGUUGACUGAGAUAAACCCUCACAUGAUGUAAAUGAUGGUCAUUAAAUGAAUAUUAAAUGAAAUGAUAUACAAUUAGAGCAAUUCAAUCACAGAUGCCAUAACUGAAAUUUUACAACAGAUGCCUAAACUAUUGAUGCCAUUUUACAAAGAAUAAUGGGACUCAUUCACAUUAAUGGGAUACAGAAUAAUGGAACUUAUAUUGUUUAUCUUGGAAAUCAUAUAUUAAGCUUAAAAACAGUUACGCUUCAAUAAACAAGAGUAGCUUGGUGCACGCUGCUAAUGAAAGCUAUGAACCAUAGGAUAUGAAAAAUUGGAUGUUUGGAUACUUGUGUGAAAAUGGGAUACUAAACUGUGGGAAAUGAAAAAGAGGGAGACUGAACGAUUGGAUAUGAUUCCAUCAGUUUUGUGAUACUACACCUUUGAAGUGAUUGUUUAUUUUGCCAAAUGUUUAUCAUACAUGUGUUGUAUUUUGUUACGUACUGUAGUGGAAACGUAUUUUUAAACCAGAAUUAAUCUUUACAAGUGAAGAUUUUCUCAGGAUUCAUU